AUGAAACGCACUUACGAGGUAUAUCUCUCCAUUGAACGUAAAGCCCGACCGACGAGCCGACCGACGAGUCUGACAACUCCGGUCUCCGCCGUUCAAGAUACCACGACAGUGAAUGGGAAUUCUCUCAAAGGCUUACCGAGCUUGGUUGGAAUGAAGGAAUGGCUGCAAAGUUUAGGGCACUCAGAUAAUGCGGUAAACGGCUUGAAUGUAAUCCAUGUCAGCGGCACGAAGGGGAAGGGUAGCACCUGCGCUUUUACACGCAGCUUCCUUCGUGCACAUAGCGUGAGGACAGGGCUCCCCAAGAAGAUUGGGCUCUAUACGGGGCCACAUUUGCAAUGCGUUCGCGAACGAAUACAGAUUGAUGACCAUCCAGUCGCGGAAGAAUUGUUUACCCGAUAUUUCUUCGAAGUGUGGGAUCGCAUUAUGCCUGCGGAUAUAGAACUGGAUGCGGGAGUCGCAAAGCAGCCCCGAUACCUGCAGUUUCUCGCCCUAUUGGCUUUCCACACCUUCAUCAAAGAAGAGGUCGAUGCGGCAAUAUUCGAGGUCCACCAUGGCGGAGAGUAUGAUGCAACAAACGUAAUACGAAAUCCGGUUGUAACCGGAAUCACGUCUCUUGGAAUGGACCAUGUUGCACAGCUCGGACCUACCAUCGAGACAAUUGCUUGGCACAAAGCAGGAAUAUUUAAACCAGGUGCACCUGCCUUUUCCGUAACCCAGGACCCUGGGCCCGCGGAAGUUAUGCAAAAGCGUGCUCUUGAUAAAGGCACAACUUUGACGUUCGUGUCAGCAAAUGAGUGCCUUCCCACCGAUGGUAGAGUACUCAGCGUCCCAGUACAAAGAUUGAACUGCUCCUUAGCGCUUGAGCUCACUAAAGCAUUUCUUCGAACCAAGACUCCCGGCCAUACACUUAGUGAUGCAGACAUCUACCAUGGUGUGCAAAGUUUCCGACUGACAGGGAGGUUCGAGAUUAUAGAUGAAGGAAAGUUACAAUGGUUUGUGGAUGGGGCGCACAACGUUCUCAGUUUAGAACAAACUGCAGAAUGGUUUGCCAGGAACGUGAACAAUGAGCAGAAGUGCCGCGCCCUUGUUUUCAGCCAUCUGUCAGAAGAGCGAGAUGGAGUGGCGCUCGUGCGAUCUUUAGCGCACACACUCUUUAAAAACAAGGUGAAACCUGGCCAUGUCAUUUUUACUACAUAUCAAGAGAAAGAUGGUGACCCUAUCGGUAAUAAGGCUUGCAAGGGAAAUAGGGGAUCGCGAAGAUGGAAUGCAAGUCCUUGUUACGGGGAGCUUAUACAUGGUUGGUGGAACACUCAGCCUUCUGAGGGCAUAAUCGUCGCGUACACAUAA